AUGGAAGCAUAUGAUCAUUUGAAAGUGGUAGGCUUUAUCAAGGGUUAUAAUAAUUGGAUAGCACAUGGAGAACUUUCAAACUACUAUGAAGCCACAUCUAAUUCUGAAAAUACAUCAAUUGGGGUUUCAAAUGGGACUAAUGACAUGCAAGACUUGGUCCAUGAUGUAUUUGGGAUACCACAUGGAACAAAUGAAUUGAAUAGAGAAGGGGACUUUCCUGUUUCAGAGGCUGAAAAAUUUUACAAAUUGAUUGAUGAUUCUCAACAGGAUUUGUACAGUGGUUGCAAAAAUUUCUCGAAGUUGUCUUUCAUUAUUCGUUUGCUUCACCUAAAAUGCCUUGGUAAGAUGAGUAACAAGAUUUUUAAUAUGCUUGUUGAGUUGUUGAGAGAAGCAUUUUCGGAGGCCAUGACUAAUUUGCCUUCUUCUUACUAUGAGGCUGAGAAAUUGAUGAAUACAUUGGGGCUGGGUUAUGAAAAGAUCGAUGCAUGUCCUAAUGAUUGUUCUCUUUAUUGGGGUAGUGCUGAAAAAAGAACUUCAUGCGAAACAUGUAACGAGCUUAGGUGGGUUGCUUCAGAAAAUGAUCCAACUAGUGAAAAAAGAAAAAUCCCUCAAAAAGUAUUGUGGCAUUUUCCUUUAAAAUCUAGAUUACAAAGACUAUUUAUGUCUUCUAAAAUUGCAUCUCAAAUGAGAUGGCAUGAGGAAAAACGUACAAAAGAUGGUUGUAUGAGACAUCCAGCUGAUUCUCCAGCUUGGCAAACUUUUGACCAUCUACAUCCAGAAUUUGCUAAGGAUUGUCGAAAUGUUAGAUUGGGGUUGGCAUCUGACGGGUUUAAUCCAUUCAACAACAUGAGUUCUACACACAGUACUUGGCCUGUGGUUUUAAUACCAUAUAACUUACCUCCGUGGAUGUGUAUGAAGCAACCGUACUUCAUGUUGUCCUUGUUAAUACCCGGACCAUCCUCUCCUGGGAAUAAUAUUGAUGUUUAUCUACAGCCUCUAGUUAAAGAAUUGACCGAAUUGUGGGAUUUUGGCAUUCAAACUUAUGAUGCAUCCCAAAAAGAAAAUUUUCAAUUGCAUGCAGCUCUGUUGUGGACCAUUAGUGAUUUUCCUGGAUAUGCAAUGUUAUCUGGUGGAGCACUAAAGGUGAAUAUGCUUGUCCUGUUUGUCACAAGUUCACUCAUGCUCGACGGUUGA